ACCCUUGUAUGACAGCAAUUAAUGGAGCUGCCCUGGCCAAACGUACCCGAGGGUGUCAAAUCCUCUACUAUCAAGGUCAGGGACCUGGACAUGCACUUCCUACAUGCAGGGGAGCGGGAAGCCCCUUUAAUUCUUCUCCUACACGGCUUUCCUGAACUCUCGUACUCCUGGCGAGAGAUUAUUGUCCCGCUUUCGCAACUUGGCUACUUCGUUGCCGCACCCGACCAGCGUGGAUAUGGCAGGACCGUGCGUCCAGCCUCGCAGGGCAAACAGGUUGCCUACGAGGACGAGCUCGCACCCUACCGCAUGCUCAACCUUACCCAGGACAUCGUCGCCCUCGUGCACGGUCUCGGAUACGAUACGGCUGCGGCUGUGAUAGGGCACGACUUUGGCUCUCCCGUUGCCGCGCACUGCGCUCUCAUUCGCCCCGACAUAUUUGCCUCUGUCGUGUGCAUGUCUGCGCCGUACGCAGGGCAGCCGCGGCAUCCAACCGUCUUCGGCGAGGAGCAUCACGUACUCGCUCGGGACCGCCGGGGCGCAUGGGCGACACUGAAUCACCACCUCGCGUUGUUGCAUCCGCCAAUGAAGCACUACACGACGUACUACAGCACACCGAGCGCCAAUACAGAUAUGUGCAACCCACCGCAAGGCCUCCAAGCGUUCCUUCGUGCGUACUUUCACAUGAAGAGCGCGGACUGGCCGGGCAACAAUCCCCACCCGCUCGAGGACAUAUCACAGAUCCUGAAGCUGCCGCACUACUACGCGAUGCCUAUCCAGCAGACGAUGCCCGAGGCUGUGGAGGCACAUGCGCCCUCGCAAGUGGAAGUCCUCCGCAAUAGCUGGCUGCCGGAUGAAGAGCUGUCGGUAUACGUCGACGAGUUCGGUCGGACGGGCUUUCAAGGAGGGCUGAACUGGUACAGGGCCCAAGUCGAUGCCAAAUAUACGGAGGAUUUAGGUGUCUUUGCCGGGAAGAAGAUCGAAGUCCCGGCAAUGUUUAUUGGAGGAGUGAAGGAUUGGGGCGUUUACCAGAGUCCGGGUGCGCUAGAAAAGAUGAAGGAGGUUUGCACCGACUUCAGAGGAAUCACUCUUGUCUCAAACGCAGGGCACUGGGUGCAACAAGAACGUCCGAAAGACCUCUUCGAGGCACUGAGCGGUUUCCUAAGGAAGUAAUCUGUUUACCUUGAUACUUGUAUGCUAUCCAAACAGACACAAGAUUCACACAAUGCAUGGUAAUCCCAGUGUUCAACACCAAUGACAUUGAGCUUUGUCACAAGUUACAGCUAAGUCCUAUCGAAGGAGCCAGCCCCGUUCUCGUAAGUCUCAUGCCCAAAGCUCCUCCUCGAGUGAGGCAAGAGCGCGACGAGCGGCUCGAGCGAGCCGAGCCCCCUGAAUAGACCAGAAGUAUCAGAUAACUCGUCGACAUCCUGCGCAGAGGAGGACUCACGUAGGCACGGGGAGCAGCGGCCUUGACCUUAGCAAACUGCUCAUUCGCACCCCCCGCCUGGGCAGUCGCGCUGACAGUCGCGUUGGCAGCGCCCGCGUUUACAGUCGCGUUGGCAGCACCCGCAUUACCAGUCGCGUUGGCAGCACCCGCAACACCAGUCGCGUUGGCAGCGCCUUUGUGGUGGUGGUGCUUCUUGCCAGUAGUGGUCGUAGUAGUUCCAUUAGCAGCAGCGCUGAUGGUAGGGGCAGCAGCGUCGGCAGCGCUAGCAGUCACAGCGGUAGAACCGGACGUGGCGGUAGAACCAGAUGCAGCGGUAGAGUCGGAUGCAGCCUGGGCGGCGGUAUUCGCGGCAGCACCAGUAGCAGCAUCUCCCGCAGAGUUGUUACCGGCAGCCCCGGCGGCCUGCUGGACGACAACACAGUUGCCGAAGCCACCAGCAGUGGUGAAGCUGGCCAGGCAAAGAUUGCCACCCUGGCCGCCGGUACACUUGGUACCUGAUGGCAAGGAAACGGCAAUCUGCUGCGAACCGACGCUGGUAGGAGCCUGCAUUUACAUAGUGAGUAC